AUGGAUAUCAAUUCCUUGCUUUCUCCCUCAGAGGCACCACGCGCCAUUUCAUCCACGCCUACGCCCACGCCCACGUCGGGCUCGACAGGGUCGUCACAGUCGCCGUUCAGACACGUACAACGCACGCAAUCGGGGACUGGGUCACAGCCUGUGGUAAACUCUCCUCUCUCACGCGCCAUACAACCCCCGUCAAGCAUUCCGGCUCAUGUGAGGAGUCCGUCUCAGCCGGCUGCGCAUUCAUCGCCGCUGAUCAGUCCUGUCCCUACUACAACCACGUCCGCACAGUUUCCACGAUCUUCGUCCACUUCGAGUUUGGACGCAGCCGAUGGGGCAGGAGCCCAGAUUCACCCGACCUCGAAACACACCCCUCCGGUCCUUCCCACCCGCGACUCCUCCGAUAGUCAAAGAUCCUCCUCCAUCAUUUUCCCUCAUGUGAGCUCUGCUGGGGUCACAUCAAACCCUCGGGCAUCAUUCGACAUCGCGAUGGUCGACACUCCCAAGCAGACCCUACGGGCCGAUUACACAGACACUUCGCUUUCACCAGAGGCUCAACAGAGACUGGCUACGUUGGUGGCGUACGUUCAAACGACACCUUCGUCGUACGACGCCCACACGGAGAUCAUAAAAACUUUACAUCAAGGCCUGGUUGAUCACAUCUACCCUUCGACAAACCCAAACGCACGUCGAGAUCCCAGGGCCUACGAACUGAUUGGCGAAUUGCGGCAGGCUCGUGAAAAUUUGGACAAACUCUUUGCGGUGGGCGAGGAACAGUGGCUUGAUUGGCUUCAAGACGAGAGUCUGCUUGCGCAGACGGCGGAGGAACGGGUGGCCGUGGUCGACAAAUGCCGCCGUGCGGUCACUGAAGAGUACGGCAGCACACGCCUGUGGGUGACCUAUGGUGAGUGGGUUCUGCACUGCUACCAGUGGGCGCUCGCCCCUCCCGGUGAAACAGAAGUCGAGCCUCUUGACACCGAACGCAUGGUGGGCCGUGAAGUCUUCGACUGGAACCUCGUUCUGGACACUUGGACCGAAGGCAUCGAACGCACGAAACAUGAUCUAAGCCGCAGCCAUGAAGUGUGGGACAAGUAUAUGACCGUCCGAUUUGGUGACACGGGACAGAAAUUAUCAUCUGCGGAUGCUGCUGCCGCCCUUGAGCUCUACCAGAAUCGCCUCCAGGUCCCACAUGCAGAGUGGCAGCAGACUUUCCAAGCUUUCUCGACCUUCGUGUCCGCCAAUCUACCCGCCGAUCAAUAUGAAAGCACGAUGGCCUCGACCUUGGAAGGAUCUGCCAACACGAAAAAACUGUGGGAGGACCGGGAUGCGUUGGAGACUGCACUACAGCAGGCACAGAAGUCCGGAGAUCAAGGCGCCGAAUACCAGGCAUUUUGCAAAUAUAUCGAGUGGGAAUGUGCGGAGGGGGAGAAGUCGCGCACGAGAAAGCAGAAGGGGAAACGGGGAGCGCAAACCAUUCAGAACCCCCAUUUCGACAUGAUCGAAGCCCUUUACCAACGGGCAGAGCUCCGGUUUCCUUCCGUCCUGGCGAUAUGGGAAGAGCACAUUGACUAUAUGCUGGAUAAGUCGAAAACAAACCUGCUGGAUAUCCUUGCAAGGGCGACGAAGCAUUGCCCCUGGUCCGGUUCGCUCUGGAAACAGUAUUUGCUGACUUCCGAGCUGGCAGAAGAGCCGUUUGACGCGACUGAGAAGAUCAAACACAAAGCUACGAGUACAGGACUGCUGGAUGCUGCAGGCAUCGAGGAGGCUUUGACUGUCUACGAUGCUUGGUGUGGAUAUCUCUUGCGCUGCUGUAAACACCCAGAAGCUGCUGAGGAAGACGCUGAUGUGGCCGAGGUGGGCAUCAGAUCAUCAAUCGAAGCGGUCCACAGCCUAGCAUCAAAACUCGGACUCGGGGCAGAUUUCGAUCCUUCUUUCAGGUUGCAGCGAAAGCAUGUGGAAUUUCUCAAGUUUCAACGACGGCUGGACAACGCACGUGCACAGUUUGACGAUGCGGUGCCCGACUUUGGCAAGCACUACAAAUUCUGGUUGCGUUUCUACGAGUUUGAACUCCAGAAAUCUGUCGAGAUGGCGUUCGUACAACACGCCGGCCCAGACAGGCUGGCUUCUCUUUCAUCAGCCCCUUUCGCUGCCGCAAUCUUGAAACAAGGUCUCCAACACCCCGAUCUUGACUAUCCUGAACCACUCAUGGAGGCUCUUCUGAACCAUUGUGAAGACUAUGAGGAUGCGGAGGAGCUGCAAAGUGCUCUUGCUAUUGUGCGUAGAGUCCAAAGGAGCCUCGCGGCAAAGAGGCAGAAAGAGGCGCUUGAAGCAAAGGAAAUUAUUACUCUCCAGGCGCAGAAAGCAAAGGAUGAACUAACUCAGCGGACACAAGAAGUUGCCAAUGGCCUCCAUAUCGGAAAACGCAAGCGAGACGACGAGAUCGAAGAGCCAGACGUCAAAAAGCGGUACAAGGCCGACGAGGUCACCGCAGAAUCUGUCGAAACGCACGAGACGUCGGAAGAACAGCUGAAACGCGAUCGCGAACACGCAAGCGUCCUGGUCCAGAACCUUCCCUCCAACGUACCCGAGAUCAAAAUCAGACAGUAUUUCAGCAGUUGUGGGACUGUGAAAAGCUUGAAGCUGCUACCGGAAGAAAACAAUGCUGUGGUGGAAUUUGAGGAUGCUGACGCUGCUACAUAUGCUCUGUCCAGGGAUGGAAGGGACUUCGAGGGCUCCGUGAUAUCUGUUGUGCUGAACAGUGGCUCGACUUUAUAUGUCACAAACUACCCUGCUGCUGCAGACGAGACUUGGAUUCGCAACUUGCUGCAUCCGUUCGGCGAGGUCAUCAACAUCCGCUUCCCGUCACUCCAACGAAACAAGAGGCGGAGAUUCUGCUAUGUUGAAUUCAAGGUACCCGAGGAGGCUCGGGCUGCCACGGAACUAGAUGGGAAGGAGAUCGAUGGUUUGAGCAUCGUCGUUAAAAUUUCAAAUCCAGCUGCCCGCCAGCCGAGGGCUGAGAAGAAGAAUGAUGGACGGACCGUCUUUGUCGGUCAGCUACCGUUCAAGGCCACCACUAAGGACGUUGAGAAAGUCUUCUCAGAAUAUGGAAAACUAGAGAACAUUCGCCUUCCCCAGGAUCCGAAGAGUACUUCUCGGAAUCGCGGCAUUGCGUUCCUGACCUUUGCUCGACAAGAGGAGGCAGAGGCUGCCUUGGCCUUGGAUGGCCAAGAGUUCAUGCAAAGAAAGAUCACAGUGCACCUCGAUUCCGAUGGGAACCCUCGAACCGACAAACACGGCAAGAAGCGCUCCAAGUCGCCCUCCGCGCAACCAGAUAGCCCCCAGGAUUCCAGUGCCACGGCCAAACCAGAGCGUGAUAUUUCGUUCAUCGAGGAGCGACGCCAGCGAACAGUCGCCAUCUGUGAUGUGCCCGACACGGUGAAUGAAAGCCGAAUCAAAGCUGUUGCAGAGAAGAUAGGUCCUGUCCGCAAGGUGCUACUCAAGACCAAUCAUCAGGGUGCAUUGAUUGAGUUUGACACUGUUCCUGACGCCGGUCGGGGUAUGAUCGAACUUGAUGGGUAUGAGAUUUCUCCGGGUCGGCAUGUUCGUGUCACCACCGAAAAGGAAUUGUACCAGCAUAAGCCAGAGCGAAGGCAAGAGUCGUUUACAAAGCGUCCUGCUGCAAGCCAGACAAACGCCCCCUCGGCGAAUGGCCCGAUCAAACGCCCUCCACAGCCUGGUGUGCGAAAAGGGGGCCAUCUGGGGCAGAGAUCUGUGGGGUUCCGCUCGUAUAGGGAGAAAGGGGCUGCCACGGAUGAAAAGGAGGGCGGAGGAAACAAGUCGAACGAUGAUUUUCGGAACUUGGUCAACAAAGGAUGA